AAUUAACAGAUAAAAUGCUAAGUACCAAUAAAGACUGAAAAUAUCAUGACGCGAUGUCUGAGACUAAGGAUGACUCUGGAACCCCUUUUAGCAAGCACUUUACUGACAUAUUCAUUGGAAAAACACGCUUUUGUAAGCAUGAGGGCUCCUGUAUGGAAAACAGUGCCAAAACACUUAUAAAAGCUUCAAUAGCUGGCCUUGCUGUCAAAGGAUGCUUAAGCGUUCUUUUUGGGGCUGUAAAGACCAAGAGCUUCUUCAAGGCAUUUAGGAACAUUGUUUCAUGGGAUACAGCAAGAUUUGCAGGUUUUAUUGGGCUCCUACCUACCCUUUUCAAGGUCACAUUGUGCACUCUAAGGAAAAUAAGGAAGAAGGACGAUAAGCUCAACUCAAUAAUUGCUUCUUUCGUGUGAUCUCUUUCAGCUAUUUUGGAUAGUUCAGACGAUCGAAGAAAAUUGCUCAUCUAUUACGUAUUUGCUAGAGCUUUUGAGUCGUCCUUGAAGAUAAUAGAUGACCAUCAGAUCGCCUCAGUGCCUAAAAAUUGGGGCCUGAUUAUCUAUAUUUUGAUGACAAAUAUGCUGAGCUAUUGGAUAUAUUUUGAGUGGAAGGUUGUCCCAAAGACUUUAUUUAACAUUGUCAGCAAAAGGACUGGCAUCAAGCCUAAUGAUAGAGUCUUGUUGGAAGUAAUCUAUCGGGAAAUCGGCAAAUAAAUAAUCAGAUUUGUUCUUAAAAUAUUUUGUCUA